GUACAAUAACCCUAUAUCCGACUACGAAAUACUAGGUUCAGAUACAAAGAUUGUUCGAACCAAAGUUUCACGACAAGACUUCAGAACUAGUGUUAUAGAGACAUUCGAACUUUAUAUAACUAAGACACUGAUUUAAUAAAUGUACUUAUAGUGUUUCUUACUCACUUCAUCCCAUAUCUUAGUAUAUUUCAACGUUUUGUUUAAAUUUAUCAAACUUUGAAAAGAGUAUAUUAACAGGGAAACGAAUAGCGUGGAUAGUUAAACAUUUUUGGUGAUCAUGACUUCGAUUGAAUACGGUGGUGGACCCACUCUUGAGCAACGACAGGCAUUUACAAACCUAGAAGAAGGUGGACAUGUGCCAGGAUAUAUGGGAUUUUGCCCACAAUUUAAGUACAGAUAUGGACAUUCUUUCGGUAAGGAGACAGCAGAAAUAGCUAAAGAACUUCCAUAUUACAAUGGUCCAAGAACUCAACAUCCGCACCAUCUUUACCCUGUUAUCGGUAAAGAUAAGACUGGUGUUGUUCGAUCCGUGUUUAGCGAUGAAGUACCUGGAAGAAUGUUACCUAAACCAGCAGGGGAUAAUAAAUAUUUUGAAGGAAUGAUUCCAGGAUAUUCUGGCGAUGUACCACAUAUGGAUUUCAAAUUCGGUGGAACAUAUAGAAAUCUCUCCGAUGAAUGUGUAGAUCAAUUUGUUCGAGAGUAUAAGUGUACUGAACAGAAACGCAAUGAAUUGAAAGAGUUGGCUAGCCUAUUUCCCAAACUUCGUCCUGUUGCUCAUGAUCCCCUGAUCAGAGAUCAUUUGAAUGUAUGGACUGAUGAUAUGAUAAAGAAAAACUUUGGUGUGAAUAUUGUUAAAGGUCCUACAGAACCGCCUAUCCCAGGUUAUCAAGGAUUUCUGCCGCGUGUAGAGACAACAGAUGCUGGCCUGGCUAAACGAUUCCAUGAAGCGGCUAAAAGUGGAUUGGAGUCAUUCAGAGCUGAGUGCAGAAAUCAUUUUGAUAAUCUUGAUAUACCUACGACCAGUUUAGACACAUCACCACAAAUGGCAAGGAUAGAUCCGCUUACAUCAAGCAGUAAAUAUCAUAGUUCACGUAUAUUCCGUCAAGAGGGUAUGAUACCAGACUAUGAAGGUCAUAUUCAUGGUUAUAAAUUUCAAAUUGGACAAAACUUUGGUAAUGCAACACGUGAUUUAGAAGUAUGCGCUCAUCCAUAUUCAAGUUAUGGAGAAUAUACAAAAGCAAAAUAUUUAGCUCAAAAAUAUCUUUCCUAAAAAAGAAGUAGAGAAUAACUAAUUACCCAUUUUUUUAAAUUUCACAGUUAAACACUUUUUGAUUAAUUUAAACAAAGUCAUUUAUAUCACUUAUCAUGACCUCGAUCAUUUAAAAAAAUAGCGCCAAAGAUGAUUUAUGUCUUUCUUAUUUUAUUUCUGUGAUAUUUUAAUUUAUUAUUUCUUUUGCUUUUCCGUUCAGAUGAUGAAUAUCAGCUUUAGAUUAAGCUUAUUUUUUAUUAUUAAUUUACAAACAGAAUAAUAUUUUCGCUUUCUUUUGCCUUUAAAACUACUGACUUUAUUUCUCUCACUUAUUUUCAUGUGAGUAUAUUAAAAGAUAACUUAAGAUGACAUAGUACAGAAUGCCAUUAUUUUGUUAGCAAAUAAAUAAUAAAACUGACAUUUAUUUCAUUGA